GCUUUAAACUCUUCUUGCUGGAUCAGAGGCUUUAAAAUCUUUUUUCAUCUUCGAGCUGUGGCUCGGGCUGCUCGUCGGCUCGGCCUCCCCCCUCUUGCUCUCUGCCUCGCCUUUCCCCAGGACUUCGCUAUUUUGCUUUAAAAAAAAAAAAAAGGCAAGAAAGAACUAAACUCCCCCCCUCCCUUUCCUCCAGCCGGGCUGCACCUCUGUCUUGCACUUUGCACGGAGAGAGCGCGCGAGGGAGAGAGAGGAAAGGAAAAAAAAAUAAAAUAAAAAGAGCAGGCAGAAGAGAAGGCGAGAAGCAUGAAGUGUUAACUCCCCCGUGCCAAGGCCCGCGCCGCCGGACAGCCGCCCGCCGCGCCUCCAGCCCCGAGCGGCCGCCGAGCGCGCCCCGCCUGCAGCCCGGGCCGGCGAGGCGAGCCCUCCUUAUGCAAAGCGCGCAGCGGAGCGGCGAGCGGGGGACGCCGCGCACCCGGCCGGGCUCCUCCGGCGGCAGGAGAAUGGCAUCAGAACUGGCAAUGAGCAACUCCGACCUGCCCACCAGUCCCCUGGCCAUGGAAUAUGUUAAUGACUUCGAUCUGAUGAAGUUUGAAGUGAAAAAGGAACCGGUGGAGACCGACCGCAUCAUCAGCCAGUGCGGCCGUCUCAUCGCCGGGGGCUCGCUGUCCUCCACCCCCAUGAGCACGCCGUGCAGCUCGGUGCCCCCUUCCCCCAGCUUCUCGGCGCCCAGCCCGGGCUCGGGCAGCGAGCAGAAGGCGCACCUGGAAGACUACUACUGGAUGACCGGCUACCCGCAGCAGCUGAACCCCGAGGCGCUGGGCUUCAGCCCCGAGGACGCGGUCGAGGCGCUCAUCAGCAACAGCCACCAGCUCCAGGGCGGCUUCGAUGGCUACGCGCGCGGGGCGCAGCAGCUGGCCUCGGCGGCCGGGGCCGGCGCCGGCGCCUCCCUGGGCGGCAGCGGCGAGGAGAUGGGCCCCGCCGCCGCCGUGGUGUCCGCCGUGAUCGCCGCGGCCGCCGCGCAGAGCGGCGCGGGCCCGCAUUACCACCACCACCACCACCACCACGCCGCCGGCCACGGCCACCACCACCACCCGACGGCCGGCGCGCCCGGCGCCGCGGGCAGCGCGUCCGCCUCGGCCGGUGGCGCGGGCGGCGCGGGCGGCGGUGGCCCGGCCAGCGCCGGGGGCGGCGGCGGAGGCGGCGGCGGAGGCGGCGGCGGCGGCGGCGGAGGCGGCGGCGGGGGCGCGGCGGGGGCGGGGGGCGCCCUGCACCCGCACCACGCCGCGGGCGGCCUGCACUUCGACGACCGCUUCUCCGACGAGCAGCUGGUGACCAUGUCGGUGCGCGAGCUGAACCGGCAGCUGCGCGGGGUCAGCAAGGAGGAGGUGAUCCGGCUGAAGCAGAAGAGGCGGACCCUGAAAAACCGCGGCUAUGCCCAGUCCUGCCGCUUCAAGAGGGUGCAGCAGAGACACGUCCUGGAGUCCGAGAAGAAUCAGCUGCUGCAGCAGGUCGACCACCUCAAGCAGGAGAUCUCCAGGCUGGUGCGCGAGAGGGACGCGUACAAGGAGAAAUACGAGAAGUUGGUGAGCAGCGGCUUCCGAGAAAACGGCUCGAGCAGCGACAACCCGUCCUCUCCCGAGUUUUUCAUGUACCCAAGGGAAUCCUCUACAUCAGUGAUGUGAAAAACCCUGUUGCCUGAAGUCAAAGAGGUACAUCUUGAUUUCUGAUUUGCAUGUGCUCGUUUGAAUAACUUUUCUGUGAGGGAGGAAGCAAGCAAGCAAGGAAUGCUGAUAAUUUCUUAGGUGUGAAAAGCUCCUGCUUUGGUAAUUGUAGUCUCUGGGUUUCCCACGUAACUGAAACGGUGAUCCGGGAGGCUGAAGGGGAGAUCCAAGUAUGCGGGACCAGCAUGCAUGCAUUUCUGCAUUUAUCUCAUUACGUAGGUGUGGUGGACAGAGUGAUCGAUUGGGUUUGAGGAAACCUCACAUCUUUCGCCUUAACCAGCAUGCAUCUCUCCUGACUCAUGGAGCCAGGCCUGAUGUUAGAACAUCACGCAUUUUGGGUGAAGCUGUACAACCGGCAUCCGUGGUCGUUGGCCAGCUUUCCCUGGGCCUCGUAAACAUGCCAAAUUUACAGACUCUUAGGAUUCACUCCAUACUCACAUUUGGAAAGUUUGGUGUCCCGUCAAAACACAGUAUGUCCCGCCCCCCACCCCCGUAUCCAAAUGUGACUUUGGAGCCACUGCCCGCUUCGAUUAGAGACAGAAGGAAAGAGUGAGAGACGGGUGGGAGGCAGAAGUCUCAUUCUCCUCUAAAAAAAAAAAAAAAAAAAAAGAAAAGAAAAGAAAAGAAAUUAAGAUAUUUAAAUCGGUUCUCAAUUGUAAGCAUCCCAGAGUGAAUUUAAUAAUGAAACCUCUUCAUUUAGAAAGUGAGUCUGACACUUGCACCCCAACAAUUAUUUAGUGUCAUUGUUUUAUGUGUUCUUGUGACCUCUUAUUGGCUAAUGGAACAAAGUUUGAUUUUUUUUUUUUAUUAAAAACUUGCUUGCUGAAAAAUCUGCAUGAAAUACAGUUUUUGAUUUCUAGAGAAACCGAGGAGGGGGGCAAAAGUCACACUGUCAAAAUGCUACUCUUUGUGAAGGAGGCACUUUAAGGAUCCAAUGAAUCUGAGAGUGUUGGAAACCAGAACCCUACUUUCCGCCAUUAUUCAAAAAUAGUGUCAGAUUGCUUACUUUUACACACUGCUUGAAUAACCUGACUGUGAAUAUGUAACUCUGAUUUCUUUCCUAGCCUUGCACGGAAUUAACCUUUUCCUGAAUAGUUCUCGCACACAGAUUUUACCUUGAUGUAUAUGUACCUUGGGGAUUAAUCUGAGUGUCCACACAGUUCCAAUACUUUAUUCCUCUGGUUUUUAUUCCCGUCUUUGGUCUGUGUCUUUAUAAUUGCAAUUUGAAAGCCAUCUAUUAAAUGUGAUGAUCUAGGCCCACCGACAGGUUUUGUUACAUGGAAACCAUCCAUUUUGAGCAAAGAGUUAAUGAACUUUUCAGGCAAGGUUCACACUGGUCCUGACCCUCCUGGUAAUUUUUCAUAUAAGGUUACGGGUGGGAGAGAAAUCAAAUUUCAUCUGUGAAUUUGAUUGACAGGCGAGAGCAAGGAAGAGAAAGACAUUUGGUCAGAUGGGGAAUCUUGGGGGAGGACAAUUCCUCUGAGUUACUCCAGGAUAUUAGAUAUUAUAAGCGGAUAUAUGAAAAGUUCAAUACUUGAUACUCCUGGGAGAGUUACUUAGUGUAUAUUCAGAGAGUCACUUUGGCUAAGGGAUUUCAGUAGUGAAAGUCAAAAAUGGAGAGCUGCUAGCUUUCUUCUCUCUUGCUAAUUUCCACUAUGUACAGCGGGUGGCUCAUUUCUGGCAAUUUUCUAGCUAGAGUAGGAAAAUUAAAUCACACACCAUUUGGGAAGUCAUUUAAUUACCUUUCAUUUCUUCUCAGAAACACAGUCUGGAUUAUAUUAUGGUUCUUGGGCCUAUUACAAAAUAUUCAUCUUAAGCAGUAUCACAAAAAGAUGAAAUUCUCCUUUGCUGCAGCAUCUCCGAUCCUGACUCGCAUUUUCUGUAGGUGCAUGUUAUAUCUUAAGGUGUGCGAAUCUACCCAAAUUGCAUGGUUUGUCAAGAUCGUGCCUUCUAAGGAAGGUCUUCUAACAUGAACGUCCACAGAGACCACAGCUGUUUGAUGUCACAGUUUCCAUGGUGAGCAUCCUUGGGUAACGUGAUGUUAGCGCCUUGGCCAUGGAAACAAGUGAUGAUGUCGCUUGACCCUAAUAAUACCAAAGGUGGCUUUGGAAUCUGCCCUAGGGACUGUCCCUCAGCUUGAAUUAACUAACCCAACUUCCCCUGGUUUGCACCAAUGUUGAAAGUAGGACUUCAAGACAUGUUCUUUCGUCUUGUGUGCUGUAACACUGAUUUGGAAGGUGGUGAUGGAUCUUAGCCUGCUCAUGUCUAUGCUCUGCCCAUUUCAGAUGUUCCUGACAUUGGCUAAGACCCAUCCGGAAGCAACCAAGCCUUACAGAGCUGCCUCGGGGCAGGGCAGGUGGGAUACAUACAUAGGGGAGAGGCCCAUUUGUAGCUUUCCUGUCGCCUAUGGGAGAAGCUGAUGGAACUUGUAUAAAUAGUAUUUCCUGGGUUCGAAGUACCCAUCAGUUUGUUUGGUUUUUUUUCCUCCCCUCUAGUCUUACACUUAGCUGAGUGGACAUGUUUUAUCCUGACUGUACCUAUGCCAAUCUGAAUGCAAAGAAAUGUAAGGAAGGGUUCACUGUUUUAUGAACUGGGAUAAAAACCAAAAGUGAAACGGAACCAAGCAAAGACAGUAGAAGUGUUCAGAAAUCUUUUCAUUUUGUAUAACUUGACCUCCCGUGUUGCCCAUGAAUCAUCUAGAGAAAUAAAACGCAAAGCAUGGUUUCCCGAUGCCCAUUGUCCACGUGGGGGCCUUAGCACAGCCUGUUUCAUUCAAACGUAAAAUGAAGUAUGUCAUAACCAUGUUUCCCUUGCAGAGCCCAUCAAAAUCUUUUACCAGAAAUGGUGAAUCAGGUGUUCUCAUGCAAAGGACAUGUGAAAACACAGACUGUAAGUUCAGAAUUCUUGGUGCCUCUGUUUAGAAAGCCCAAGUGAGAACAGUGGCUGGUCUUGACUCUGUCUUCAUCACAGGCCCCUCAGGGCUUCUAAAUACUCCGUUUUUAAAGUACGCCCUCCAUACCCCCAGGCAACAAGGAACAGAGCGCUGUCUUACAUGCAGACUUGGAGCGGACCAAUCCAUCAAAAGUUCCAUGAGUGUGUCUUAAGCGAAUUACAUCAAUGGAUUUGUUGGCACUGAGAAAAAAAAAGGGGGGGGGGGCAUACUUUCGCUUGAAGCGUGUAUUCCGCGGACUUACUUGUUUGUUUGCUGUUUGUUUAUUUAGGUCAUGCUCCCACAUAACCACCGUCUCACCCCCUUUCUAGACAAAGCCUGCCGAAUGUUCUUUCGGUGGGGACUGGCCCCCUCCUGGGCUGAUGUAAUCAAUCGGGGCAGGUAGAGGAUAACGAGCCAUAUCAAGUCAUAUUUUCCGUGAGCUCUAGGAUACUCUUGAGGGGGCAAUUUAAAGAAAGAAACGGUAUGCAUUUAGGGGGGAAGAAAGGGAAGAAAGAGUUUUUGCAACAAGUACGGCCCUCGUGACUUAAAACAAAGCCAUGCUCCUGUAAAAGAGUGUUCCCGCUGAAAGCACACAUUCAGUCAUUCACCUGCCAGAGCCUCAGAUUUACUGCUGCCGUUCGCAGAUGCCAGUGCUGAAACCCUCUUCACCUGCGGACUGCUGAAUCUUCCAUUUCCUCCAUCCAAAAAUCACUGUCAAGUUGUUGUUUAGUGUCUGCAUUGUUUUUGCUUUUCCUGGCACCUAAUGAAACUAUCAGCAAUAAAUGAGCU